GAAGAGGAGGAAUUUUCUUUAAAUUGCAUUUUAGUUAAUGUAAUUGUCAUAAAAGAAGUUGUACUCUUAUAUAUUUUAUUACUAUUUUAUACCUAAAGAAAGUAAAUGAUGAACGUUUGCGCUGUGGCUACCCAAAGAAAAGAUGUCGAUGGCGACAAUAGAUGGUUAAGUAUUCAUCGUCGUUUUUUAUUGGAAUGCCAAGAAAAAGAUCCAGAUGUUAUAUUUUUGGGGGAUUGUAUUUUAGAAACGUUACAAGAUACCGAGACAUGGCAUAAUUAUUUCGCACCAUUGCACUGCCUUAAUUUUAGUAUACGUGAUGAUCGCACCGAAAACGUGCUGUGGCGUAUUGAAAACGGAGAAUUAGACAACGUAAAACCAAAAAUUAUAGUUUUACAUGUAGGAACCAAUAAUAUAGAAAACAAAGGCGAUGAUAUAGCAAACGGCAUAUUUGAAAUUGUUCAAAGAAUACGUGAAAAACUUCCAGACACUUACAUCGUAUUACCUAGUUUACUACCUCGCGGUCAUCAACCAAAUGAAUUACGUGAUAAAAAUGCUGAAAUAAAUAAGCUGAUUAAAGAGAAAGUUAUUGGUCUAAAUCGUGUACAAACGGUUAGCAUCGACAAGGGCUUAAUACAAGCAGACGGUACUAUAAGUCAUCAUGAUAUGUUUGAUUACAAAAAUCUAACCAAUACUGGAGCGAAAAAGAUUUUCGAACCAAUUCACGAUUUACUAUCGCAAAUACUCAAUGAAAAUGAAAAAGAACGCGACCUCACCCCUUCCGAAUAGUCGGAAUAAAGGCAUAUAAAUAUACGUACUCGUACUCUUACAUGUAAGCACGUACACAAUGAAGGCAUCUAUUUAUUUACAACAAACGUGUCGCUUUUCCACUUGCAUUAGAUCUUUAUAUAUAAAAAAUUACUGGAUUCAUCUUAAAAUUGCUUUCAAAUUAUUUCUCGCAACAUGCAGCCAGUUAAUUUCUCAUUUUCACCAUUAUUCCUCGUCCUCCUCCUCAUACCCCUUUUUUGCUCCACUUAUUUUUUAUGCUCUUGUAUUCGCGAUUACUUUAUUUCGUUUAUUCAACAUUAUAGCUAUUAGCUUAUUUUCUUCUAAAGUUAGUUAAGGAUAAUCAUUCCAAUGUAUACCAAAAAGAAGAAAAUAUUAUUUUUAAGCUGCUCAACAGCAACUAGAGAAAAAAGAUUGAUCAUCC